GGUAUGUUUGGUAACCAUUUUAAAAAUAGUUUUUUGUUUUUAAAAUUGAAAUUUUGAAAACACCAAUAAAAAUUGUGUUUGGUAACUUAGUUUUACUUUUUAUUUUUAAAAUUAAAAAACAGAUUAUAUUGAAUUUUAAAAACAGUUUUUACAUGAUUUUAAAAAUUUUUAAAAACACUUUUAUCUUGGUUUUCUCUCUCUCUCUCUCUCUCUCGUUACAGUCACGUUCAUCAGGAGAGCUUCAUUUCCAUGGCUUCAAAGGCAGAAGAUUGAAGUACCCACUUCAGGCACCUUGCUGGGUUCUUGGCACCUGCUUCAUCUUCCUCCUCUUGGCAUCACAGAUGACAGGAACAGAUAGUGAGGUGGUUAUCAUUGAUAAUAGCGAAGCUUCUGUUUGGCCUGAAAAACAUGAAGAAAUUUUUAUUGAACUUAUGGAAGAAGAAGUUUUGAAGGGAAAUAGAAAUACUACAACCUUUACAAAGCAAUCAUGGAAGUGUAUAAAGGAGGAGCUUUAUGCACAAGCGAAGAGAAGUUACACUGAUACACAAUUAAGGAACAAAUACAAUCUGUUAAGACAAAAGCACAAGGAUUUCAAGUCUUUACUGAAAGAGACUGGCAUAGGAUUUAGUGUAGUGACUGGACAAGUUACUGCGCCAGAUGAAGUGUGUUAUAGAUAAUGUGUUUUGUGAUUUUAAAUUACUUGAAUUUUUUAAAAUGUUAAUGAGUAUUUUUUAUUUGAUUUUUUUAUAAUUUUUAUAUAUUUGUUUAAAAGUAAAAAUAAAUGAUAUUCAUAAUUUUUUAUUUAAAAAAAAGAAAAAAAAAUCAAAAUUUAUGUUUUUUGUUUUUAAAAUUAAAAAAUAAAAAUGGUUACAAAACACAUUUUUGUUUUCUGCUUUUAAAAUUAUAAAACAAAAGUGGUUACAAAACACACUUUUGUUUUCUGUUUUUAAAAUUUAAAA